ACCAAUCACGAUUUUAUUAAAACCCAACUUAAAGUUGUGUUUGAGCUGAAAGCUGAAUUUAAAGUAGUGUUUUAGAAUAAUGGGAUCGUUUGGGUGAACUUAAAAUAAAUGCUUCUUGCUUAAAAUAAAAAAGUGGAGUAGAAGUUAGAAGCAAGUUAAGACUUAUAAGUGAUUAAAUUGUUUGGGAAAUAAGCAGAAGCUCUGAAACAAAAGAGCAUUCCUAGCUUUUUAUAAGUGCUUCUUGACUUUUUACACAAACGCUACAAAUAAGUGCUUCUAACUUAUAAAACAGAAACCCGACUUUUAAGCCGGAAACAAACCCCCUCAAUAUUUGGAGCCAUUUUUCUAGAUGAUAUUUGGUACAUUAUUUUUCAAACUUGUGAGAUAAAGGGCGACACCCACCAUUUCUAUGAUAGCAUUCCUCAACAGCUCUGCGAAUACUCAUCAAUUCAAGUUCUAUACUUGGCAGUAAAUGAUAUUAGUAAUUACUGGAAACCUUCCUCCUUGUUUUAACAAUUUAAAUUCCAUGACUACAAGCAAUACUUCAGUUCAUGUUGAAAUAUGUAUCGUUAAAUCUAAAAGAGAAUGAAAUAUAUCAGUAACAAAUGUUGAAUGAAAGUUAUUACAGAGAGGUCACCAAACAAAUUUUUGGAGAACACUUGUAUAUUUUUAAAUUUUCCGGGGUGAAACGUGUCCUCCGUGUCUGUUACUAGAUCCGUCCUUACACCGUAGUACACAAAGCAAAUUUGAACCUUACUGCACAAAGAAAUUCUGAACUGUAUUUACAAAUUAUGUUUUUUCUUCGUUUUCCGAAUAUCAACUCUGAUUUAUGUACUUGACCAUUUGAAUACUGUGUGGUUCAAAGUGCCUUGUCAUGUCUUUCAGGAUCUCUUUCUUCCACAAAAUUGUCUAGUACUGCACAAUGGUAGAAUAAUUGACACGAAAAUUGACCUUUAUCAGUUCAUGUCCCAGAUGAUUUCAGCUCAUAUAUAUAUAAUGUUCAUGCUCAUAUGUAGCUCGCAUAUUAGGAUAUCUUAUUGUAAUCACAAUAUAAUCUUAGCCAUAGCAAUGCAAAAACAUAUGAAUCUACUCGCCUUUGCUUAUGCAUUAGCUUCUCUACUAAUUCCAUAUUUUGUUUGCGGAUGCAAUGAGAGUGAAAAACAAGUACUGCUGCACUUCAAACAAAGUAUCGUCGACAAAAGAAAUAACUUGGAGUCAUGGUCUGGCAAUGAACAUUGUUGUUCAUGGCGGGGAAUUCAGUGCAACAUAGACGGCCACAUCACCAAACUUGAUUUAUCUGAUUUAUACUUGAAAGGUUCGAUUCCUGAAGAUAUAGGAGACUUGACAUUUCUUACUAAUCUUACACUUUGGGGGAAUUAUCUUAAAGGUCCGAUUCCUAAAUCUAUUGCAAAUUUGACAUCGCUUACUGCAAUUGAUCUUUCGUUCAAUAUUUUAAACGGUUCUCUACCAGAAUUCUUUUGUCAACUGUCAAAGUUACAGAUGUUGGAUGUUAGUUAUAAUCAUCUGAGCGGAACCAUUUCUAAAUGCAUUGGAGGACUAUCAAAGUUAACAUAUUUGGGUCUUUCUUCUAAUUCAUGGGAGGGUUUAUUAUGCGAGGAACACUUUGCUAACCUCCCUAGUCUUAGCACCUUCUAUAUUUCUUCCAAAUCCAACUUGGUGUUCACUGUUAGUUCAGAAUGGAUUCCUCGGUUUCAGCUCCAACAUUUGUACAUGGAGUCCAUGAAUGUGGGGCCUGAAUUUCCUCGGUGGCUACUAACACAGACACAUAUGAUAGAAAUUGAGAUGCCAAAUAUGAGCAUAUCAGAUAACAUCCCAGCUGAUUGGUUUUCGAGUCUCCUAUCCCGUGCUAUGGUUGUCGAUCUAUCUGAUAAUGACAUAAACGUGCCACAACCGUCAUUAAUUUCAGCUCCAAAUAAUAUGACUUUAUUAGCACUUUCAAAUAAUCAUUUAUCAGACGACUUUUUUGCAUAUAUAUGCAAUUUUACGUCCCUGUCUACUUUAGUUCUCUCUAACAAUAAGUUCUCUGGAGAGCUCCCUCGGUGCUUGGGAAAUUUGAAACAACUGGAACAACUUGAUGUGAUGAAUAAUAGUCUUUCCGGUCAUAUUCCAGAUUUUUUUGGGUCUCUGGGACGUCUCAAUUAUUUAAACUUGCACAACAACAAAUUUCAUGGGAAGCUUCCUCUGUCCAUCCAAAAUUUGACAGAACUCCGUGUAUUUGAUGUGGGAAAUAAUAAUCUGAGAGAUAUUCUUCCUCCUUGGACCGGAGAGCAAUUACCACAUCUAAGGUUAUUAGUACUCCGAGACAACCACUUCUAUGGUAGUAUUCCUAAUCAGUUUUGCAGCUAUUCAUCAAUUCAAGUUUUGAACUUGGCAGGAAACCAUAUCACUGGUAACCUUCCUCCUUGUUUUAACAAUUUAACUGCGAUGACAACAAGCAAUGUAGAACUGGGACCCUUCGCCCUUGAUUUAGGUAAUGGUGAAAUGAUAAUAGAUGAUUCAAAAGGAUAUGAGCUUAAAUACACAUCUGGCCUCAAUUUUUUAUAUUCCAUUGAUCUAUCAAACAAUAACAUCAGUGGAGAGAUUCCAGAAGAAUUGAUGGAUCUCCGUAAUCUAUUGAAUUUAAAUUUAGCGGGUAAUAUGCUAGCUGGAAGGAUCCCUGACAGGAUUGGGCAAAUGGAACAGCUGGAAUUUCUUGAUCUCUCUAGAAAUAAACUUUCUGGCCCUAUUCCACAAAGUAUAUCGGAAUUAAAGUUUUUGAUCCGCUUGAACCUCUCCUUCAAUGAUCUAUCAGGCAGAAUUCCAACUGGAAACCAACUCCAGGUCCUCAAUAAUCUCUCCUCUAUCUAUGCUGGCAACAAUCAGCUCUGCGGGCCACCUAUUCAAAAGCUCUGCGCAGCUGACACCGAAUCACAUGAAGUUCAUGACGAAGAAAAAGCUGGUUCUGAUUCUGAUUCUGAUUCAGAAGAUGAGCACUUGUGGUUUUAUGCUGGGAUAGGACCUGGUCUUUUAGUUGGGUUUUUGGGAUUUUGUUCUUCUUUGCAUUUUAUAGAAUCUUGGAGGCAUUCAUACUUUCACUUUGUGGACAAAAUCUUUGACAAGAUAGCGAUUAUCGUUGCUUUGUGGUGGAGAAAGUGUCAUAACUAAAAGAUAAAUUCAGUGAUUCGGGAUCUUCAUCAAGCGCUGGCACUGGAGGAAGAGGAGUUUGUCAAUUUCUGUAUCAUAUAUAGAAAUGGAAUAAUGUUACAUGUUAAACUAUUUAUAGCAGAUGUUAAUAUAGAUACCUACUUCUUCAAUGUUUUAAUCUUCACUUUC